AUGUUUUUAGAUAAUGAAAACAUUAGCAUGCGUCUCAAAAUUGUAGAAGAUCGAUUAGGAUUUAUAGAAAAUCUAACUCAAUUAUAAGACAAGCGAAUUAAUGAAUUAACUAAACAAUUAGAUCAUGUUAUUCAUCAAUUUCAAGGUUUGAAUUUGGAUCGUUGUAGAAAUGAUGAAGGCUUAAUUUUCAAAAUUGAACGCUUUGAAAAAAGCCUUGUUAUUUUGUAAAGGGAAAUGAAUCAAAUAGGUAUUGAAUUUAUUGUAAAUCUAAAGCUACUCAUCAAGAUGAAAGAAUUAAUUAAUUGAUUAAUUAAUUAGUUGGACCUAGUUUUAAGGAUAUUGAUAUUUAAAUUAAAUAAGAGUCUCAAAGAUUGUAAUUGCAAUGUUAAAGGUAGUUGGAUGAAAUGUAUGAGGAAAUCAUUAAUAAAUUUAAGACACCCUUACAGAGUAGUGUUGCUCAUGGAGGAAGAGUGAGCAUAUUAGAAUCAACUUCACAUGAUGAUACAAAGAAAAAGAUUGAUGAUGAAAUUAAUAGAAGAAUUUCAGAAGAAAAUGAAAAGAGAAAAUCAUUUAUAGAAAGUGACAAAAAGUAACAUAAAAAUGGAUAAUUAUCAACAGAAAAAUCAAGAGCAAGAGAAAUUUAAAAUCGCUUAAAUUUAGAAAGAAAAGCCAAAUAAGACAAAAUUAAUUAGCUUAAUGAAUUAUACCAAUUUAGAAAGCAUUGA